GGUGACUGGGUGUAUAAAUGUUGAGUGAGAGAGAAUACGAUAUCAAUUGGUGAAGUGAAAUUAAGAUGAGAAAAACAAUGUGUAGAUCAAUCCACCAUGUUUCCCUCUUGUUUCUUCUAACCAUGUGUUUAUUAAUCAAUGCAGAUUGUUCUGAAUCUUCUUCUCUGAAUAGGUCUGCAAUUCCAAGCAAUUACCACCUUUCAUCAAACGACACAAACAUCAACAUAUUGUUUCUUUCCAUUGCUAGUGGUAUGUCCCCUAACGACCCACCAGUGUUCUUCUUUUACAACUACGGAGAAACUCGAAUCUAUUUGCAUCCCGGAAAGCCUUUCACUAAACUCGCCAAUUUUGAUCGCAAAGUCAUUCUAAUGUAUUGGGAUGUAUUGUGUGUGAUUUUCUAUGCAUAUGAUCCUACCAUGGAAGGAGGUCAUCAAAAGAUCUAUUGGUUAGUCAAACCAGAUGGUGUGUUUCAUAGUUGGGAUAACAACAACUGGGAGAAAAGGAAAACUUGGAAUAACCAAGCUUGUAAUUAAUUAGUUCAAAUAAUGCUUUCAGCUUCUGUAUUACCAAUAAAUAUAUAAGAUAUUUCCUUCUCCCUA